AUGUGCACCAAUGUUCUUCGCGUGUCUCAAAUCUUGGGCUACUUUCCAAUACCAAAUGGAAGUCGUCGUAAAAUUGUAAACUUUCUCCCAAUCGUGUCAACCCUAGCAUUCUGUAUUUUUGGGGUUGGGAAUAUUUUCAUAUUCGUACCCUUCUUGUGUGAAGAGCAGUCGAUAAAGGGGGCUACGACGAGGGGGGGCCGACAACUAGUGUCAAGCACGUUCUACUCUACCAUCCUAAUUAAAGGGGCGGUACACAUUUUUGCCGUCAUUUUUGUUCGAUUCACACUUUUUCUUAGGAGGGAAGAACUGUCACAAUUUUAUCGUGAAUUUAUCAGCUUGUUGGAAACAUUUUCAACUUUUUCUCUUAAAACCAAUAGUCCUGAAAAAGUAGCAGAAACUGGUCCGGCAAGAAGGAACAGAUAUGAAAUAAGAUUACGUCUCGAGUUGAUCUUGCUCUAUUUAUCAUGCAUCGCAUUCAUUGCUGACAUGUGGGAAGGAUACCUAGUAAAUCCAGUGAAAGGAGCGUCCCUGAUAUCGAGCCUGAUGAUAGUGCUUCCCCCCACGCUGGGCUACAUCCAAGCCAUUUUUCCCUUCCUCCUCACAUAUUUCCUCAAUUGGUACUUGGAAAUAUUGUGCGAAUUAAGGGCGUCUAACUUUACCGUGGUCGACGCCCGAAUCCAAUUGUAUUACCGAUUAAGCGCUAACGUUUCCUCGUUCGUACGGGUCUUUGGAACCUGCAUCGUCAUCGAUGUGGCCCACAGCGUGAUGCGGAUCGUAUUUUGCGCCUAUUUUGUAGCGACAAGUCCUACCACCCCCUUCGCCACGGUCCGGGGAACGAUCUCCGAUGUUUUCACGGUCCUGGCAUAUUGCUACCUGCUCUUCACUAUUUGCACGAAGGGGUCCCAACUGGAGGGUAAAAGUGGCGAUUUUAUUAAAACUUGUGACCAUGGAUUUGGAGAGGGUGGCGCAUUUUGUGGCGCUUAUUUGCUAAAACCUUAUCGCCCCCAGUUAGCCAAGAUUUCCCUGGACACGGACUAUUUUAGAGUGAAUCUAGGCCUAAUUACACCGAUUGUUGGAACAGUCAUGACAAAUUUGAUUGUACUGAUGCAGUUUCAAAAUGGGGACAGGGCAGUAGUAAACGCAAAAUGAAACCCCUUCGCCUGUGAUUAUUUAAUAAAUAUUUAAAACAGAUAAUAAUUUUAUGAAGCAAUUGUAAGUAGCCUUGUGUUGAA